AUGGCUGAUCGAGGGUCAUUUACGCGUCGUAGGCCAGAUCUCGAGUUUUACCUGCAUCGUGUUUUUCGCAAAAAGUCAUUCCGCCCCCUUCAACGAGAAGUCAUUUCAGCAGUUGUUGAAGGUCAUGAUGUGUUUCUUCAAGCAUCUACUUCUUUCGGAAAGAGUCUAUGCUUCCAGUUACCGGCAGUCAUUAACAAUGGAUUGACCAUCGUUAUUUGUCCUCUCCUCGCCUUGAUGAUGGAUCAAGUUAAUGCUCUCCAAGCCCUCGGAGUAGCUGUUUCGAGCAUCAAUUCCAACACACCAAUAUCAGAACGCCGCGUGAUAUUGGAUGAUAUGCUCUCAGGGCAUCCGCGUAUACGUCUUUUGUACGUGACUCCUGAGCUGUGUCAAAACAAGGGCUUCAGGAGCAAUCUCCAAGUCGUACAUCGCCAGGGGCAACUUGCUCGCAUCGCCAUCGACGAGGCUCACUGUAUCAGUGAAUGGGGUCAUGACUUUCGUCCAGCUUACCAAGACCUAGGGUGGUUCAAAAAGAACUUAGUCGAUCCAGAUGUUCCCAUCACAGCACUUACAGCCACGGCCACACCGAGAGUUCGCACAGAUAUCAUCAACAUGCUCGAUCUAAACCCCACAAAUCUCAAGCUCUUCAACACCCCAUCUGCCCGCCCCAACAUCCACUACGAGGUCCGGUACCUUGAGGACCCCGGCGAUGAUGAAGAAUACCAAGUCGAAAAUCUUCUAAAAUACCUCGGAGCUAUCAAAAAGAGACGGGAAUCCCGCUUCGGCGCUCAAGCCGCCCACCUACCACCAAUGUCAGGCAUCGUGUAUGUCGGACUACGUGCUAUAUCAGAGCACCUUGCAAGCCGCUUAUCCCAAGAUAAGAGCAUCUCCGCCGUAGCCUACCAUGCAGGACUCGCGCCACAAGACCGAACUCGCAUUCAAGCACUGUGGACUGCACCAUAUCAGCCAAAGAGUAACGGCAAACCAGCACCUACCUUCUCAAUAAUCGUCGCCACGAAUGCGUUCGGAAUGGGAAUCGAUAAUUCCGGCGUUCGCUUCGUCGUUCACUGGACACCGCCGCGCAGCUUUGAAGGCUUCGUUCAAGAAUCGGGUCGAGCAGGUCGUGAUGGCCGUGCGGCUGCUUCUCUUGUGUACUACAACCUGCAAGAGCGGGAUCGCAUUUUCGAUCGCAUGAACCGGGAUACGGAAAACAUGCGGAAUCGUGGUGGACCGAAACAUAUCGUUGCUAGUUUGAUGAAGAAUCAAGAAGCUCGUCUUGAUAGCUUCAAGAAAGUUGUGCGGUACUGUGAAAGUGUGACCCGGUGUCGACAUGAUCUGAUUAAGGACCUGUUUGGAGACUUCGAGUUGGAGGAAAUGGGGUCGCAGCAGCCGCCUUCUUCGCAGGUGCCCAGGGGUGGAUUAGGUGACUCGACACCGUGUGACUAUGCUUGUGAUUUUUGCAAAGAGGGCCGCGUGGCUUUAGGGAAACGCAAGAGGAAGAUGCUUUCUUCCUCAGCGUAUAUGAUUGACGAGGGAUAUGUCUGA